UGGAAGAAGAAGAAGAGCAACAACAAUGGCGGCGCGUGUUUCCUGAGUGAACUGUGAAGACGACCGUGAGAGGCAACCUGUUUGAACCGGUUCAGUCUGAUCCGGUCCCGUUUGAACCGGUUAGAAUUUAGAGCGGAAGUGAUUUUUAUGUUAAAUCAGGGUCAUCGAGUUUAACGUCUCUGCUCUUGUCAACAAACUUUAAAUACAUGUAAACAUCAUCUACACAUGGAACUGAGUUAAUCUCAUGAAUUCAAUGUUAAUCUGUAAUCAUUGUUUUAUGAAUUGAUCAUGUUGAUGGGACUUUAAAUACAUGGUUCUUAAAACUGAUUCAUAAUUAAUAUGUAUUUGUUUAUGGAUAACCUGAAUGAUUUAAACUGUUGAAGUGGAGUAAAUGUGUAUGUUCAGUGAAUGUUUUUUUUAAACUGAUCAAAAAUUCAGAUUUAAUAUGUUAUAAUUAGAUUUUAUCGAUGACGUUGACCUCAGAUCUGUGAUGAACCUCUGUGUCUGUAAUGGGACCAUUUACACACCUGAUGUAACUCAGAGUGUGUGUUAGUGUCGGAGUCUGGUUCCCUGGUUCCUGCUCUGGUUCCUGCUCCGUUUCCAGUCCUGGAUGCAGGGCGUCAGGCCGGUGGUGGAGGUGGUCCGCCUGGGCCUGGUCACCUACCAGGAGGCUUUGCGGCUGCAGCAGUUCUUUGUGAACCGGCACCGGUCCGGUCCAGCUCACACUCUUCUGCUGUGUCAGCACCCAGCGGUCUACACCACCGGGAUCCGCCACAAACCCUACCCUGCCCAACUGCUGGACCGACUCCGCCUGCUGGGGGCCGAUGUGCACCGCACCAACCGAGGAGGUCUCAUCACCUUCCACGGGCCGGGACAGCUGGUCUGCUACCCGGUCCUGAACCUGGCCAGCUUCAAGAAGAGCGUUCGCUGGUACGUCUGCCAGCUGGAGAGAACCGUGGUCUCGGUCUGCAGCAGUUUUGGUCUUGAAGCAGCGACGUCUCCUCACACUGGAGUUUGGGUCGGAAACAACAAGAUCUGUGCCGUUGGAAUCCACUGUGGUCGAUACGUCACGUCUCAUGGUUUGGCUCUGAACUGCAACACCGACAUGUCGUGGUUCAACCACAUCGUGCCGUGCGGCAUCGAAGGUAAAGGAGUGACGUCGCUGAGCGCUGAGCUGCAGAGAAACGUCAGCGUGGAGGAAACCAUCCCCCGGCUGCUGGACGCCUUCAGAGACCAGUUCGCCUGCGAGUUGAUGGACGGACAAACACCUGAACCUGAAGAGGACGGCGGAGGAUCGUCAGCGUAGAAACGGACCUGAAGCGACUCUAAAGCAGCCCUGAAUUUGUGCUUUGAAAUGGCCUAAAUGUUCCAUUUCAGCGUUCAUACCUUGGGACAUCUUCCAGUUUUGAAAAACCAGCAGGAGCAUAUUACCCCUGGUGGAUCUGCUCUGAAUAAACAUGAUACAGUUUGUAUUUUACACUACAUGAAUGACAGGCAGAAGAACAAGCUGCAAAGAAAACCAUGUGACAUGUCCUCAUCGUGUAAAGUAGCCGUGUUCCACCAUCAGUGACGUGAUCAUCACAUUCAGUGUCGGUAGUGGAAACAUGGGGCUCCUCAGGGUUCUAUUUUUGGUCCUCUACUUUUUCCAUUUACAUGUUCAUAUUUUCUGUGAAAAAUCUUCUUUUUUGUCCAUAAACCAUCAGACCUGUUGGUUGGACCUGCUGAUCUGACUGUCGUAUUCGUACCGUGUCCAUCGUCAUACACCAUCAGGUGCUUUGAAAGUGUUUAUCUAAGAAUAUCCACCAUGUUGGCUCAAUGUAGACUAAAAUAAAAGUUUCAAAACUA